CUUUUCUGGCACUGUUGAGUAUAACCAGUCUCCAUUGCCCACUAUCUGAAGGUGCAAGUCUUUUUUCACCUGCUUCUCAUCUCUUUGGUCUGGGCUGUGUCCAUCUGUUGCAGCCAUGGCACCCAAAAAAAACAAGACUGCCAAAAAGAACAAAGGGGAUAACAAUGAAAUUACUAUAAUGGUCGAGGAUAGCCCGAUCAAAAACAUUAACGGGCUGAACACCUUGUUGGAGGGAGGAAACAGCUUCACCUGCAUCUCAAGUGAAGUCACUGACCCUGUCUAUGCUCCUAACCUCCUGGAAGGUCUUUGUACCAUGAGGCAGGACAGUUUCCUCUGCGACCUGACCGUCUCCACCAAGUCCAAGUCCUUUGAUGUCCAUAAAGUUGUCAUUGCCUCCUGCAGUGAGUACAUUCAGAAUAUCCUGAAGAAGGAUUCCGCCCUCAUGAAGAUCGACUUGAAUGACCUUUCACCCACAGGCCUGGCCACUGCCAUCACAUACGCCUACUCAGGUAAACUAACCCUGUCGUUGUACAGCAUUGGCAGCACCAUUGCAGCAGCCAUGUUGUUGAAGAUCAACACCCUGGUGAAGAUGUGCAGCGACUUCCUCAUGCAGGAGCUCAGCGUGGAGAACUGCAUGUACGUGGCCAACAUUGCCGACACCUACGGCCUCAAAGAAACCAAAGAAGCCGCCCAGAAGUUCAUGAGGGGGAACUUUAUCGAGUUCUCUGAGAUGGAACAGUUCCGGAAGCUCACCUACGAGCAGAUCAAUGACUUCCUCAGUGAUGACUCCCUGCAAUUGCCCUCUGAAAUUACAGCCUUCCAGAUAGCCAUGAAGUGGUUGGACUUUGAUGAGAAGAGACUGAAAUACGCCCCAGAUCUUCUGACCAACAUUCGCUUUGGCACCAUCUCAGCUAUGGACCUGGUCAAUCAUGUCCAGAAUGUGCCCAGAAUGAUGCAGGACCCCGAGUGCCAUCGUCUCCUGGUGGACGCCAUGAAUUACCACCUGUUGCCUUACCAGCAGAACAUUUUGCAGUCCCGCAGAACAAAGGUACGUGGUGGCCUCCGGGUCAUGCUGACAGUGGGUGGACGACCAGCUUUGGCGGAAAAAUCUCUCAGCAAAGAGGUUCUCUACAGGGAUGAGGAUGACGUAUGGAAUAGGCUGACAGAGAUGCCAGCCAAGAGCUUCAAUCAGUGUGUGGCAGUCCUGGAUGGCUUCCUUUAUGUUGCUGGUGGCGAAGACCAGAAUGAUGCCAGGAACCAGGCGAAACAUGCUGUCAGCAACUUCUGCAGGUAUGAUCCUCGAUUCAACACCUGGAUUCAUUUGACCAACAUGAUCCAGAAGCGCACCCACUUCAGUCUCAACACCUUCAAUGGUCUCUUGUUCGCUAUUGGAGGUCGUAACUCUGAUGGAUGCCAAGCUUCAAUGGAGUGCUACGUGCCUUCCUCCAACCAAUGGCAGAUGAAAACCCCCAUGGAGAUCCCCCGGUGCUGCCACGCCAGCUCUGUCAUUGAUGGCAAGAUCCUUGUUAGUGGUGGUUACAUCAACAAUGCGUACUCCAGGGCUGUGUGCAGCUAUAACCCUUCCACUGAUAUGUGGCAGGAUAAGAACAGUUUGAGCUCCCCUAGAGGCUGGCAUUCCACUGCUACAGUCGGAGACCGGGCUUAUGUGAUUGGUGGCAGCCAGCUGGGUGGUCGUGGAGAGAGGGUAGAUGUCUUGGCUGUUGAGUGUUUCAACCCUCACAAUGGACAGUGGAGCUACUCUGCCCCGCUAAACACAGGAGUGAGCACUGCUGGUAUAGUCAGCAUGAAUAAUAAGAUCUAUCUCCUUGGAGGCUGGAACGAGAUUGAGAAGAGGUACAAGAAAUGCAUCCAGGUGUAUAACCCUGACCUCAAUGUAUGGACUGAGGAUGAUGAGUUGCCAGAGGCUACAGUUGGCAUCUCAUGCUGUGUUGUUACCAUACCCACACGCAAAACACGAGAGUCCAGGGCCAGCUCUGUUUCAUCUGCACCAGUCAGCAUAUAGAGUCUGGCAGGUUGUUUGAUGUAGUCUGCCAGAGGACCAAAAAUCCUCGAGCCAGUCCAAUUCAGAAAAUCCUUUAUGCAGAAAGUGAUCAUCCCUCUUUGAGUUAAAAAAAAACCCUGAUAACCUACAAAUGUCACACACACACACACACACAUCUAAUUUGGAAUUGAAUCAGAUAUAUUCAAAUAGUUUUUUAUACGUUUUAUUAAGGAUGGAAUUUCUUCCAAAUUAAGGCAAAUCAUAAAAUUGUUAUGUGCGACAUUAUUUCAGAAAGUUGUUUUGUGUUGUGAGACAAAAUUUAAUAUUUUAUUUAUCAAGGGAAACAUUUCUUUCCUUUUGGGGCCAAUUCAGCCGUAAUAGUUGAAUCAGCCCUACUCUCCCUAGACCACAGAUUUUAUUCCCAAUAUUAAACUUAUUUGGUGUUGUGCUAAUAGUAACUGCAUUAUUUGUACAAUACACAUAAACAUGCCUAUUUGGUGAACCCUUGUUAUGUCACUAUCAUUACUUUCCAGUGACAUAAAGCUAAAUACACUGCAUAUAGUAUAAUCAACGACUGGACAUAUGAUGAUGAUGGAAGACCAUUGACUUAAAUCCUCAUAUACAGCAGUGGAGGCUGCUGAGAAGAGGACAGCUCAUAAAAAUGUCUGGAAUCCAUGGAAUGGCAUCAAACACAUGGUAAACCACGAGCCCGUUCUCCACAAUGCAGGUACCACCAAACUCCUGUGAUAUACAGGUAUACAACUGUGAUUAACAUUUAAAGGGACAUUUAAAAAAAAAAUGUAAACUCAUAUUCAUCAUCUCCAGCACCACCCCAACAUACAACAUAUGUAAAUGAGGGCGUGUUUCUAUGUAGAUGGAGGAAGACGAGUGUUUCCACAGACAUCCUCGGUUUGCAUCCAGUAUGUUGAUGUUGUGGUGCUGCAAGAGAUCAUACAUUUCCCUUUGAAAACUUCAGAUGUCAAUGCAGAAGAUAAACAAAUUACUAAGCAUUCUUUGUUGCUGAAAUAUGAUGAUAUUGUAGCUUCAAUGAGGAGACGCUGCUGGUUUCUUGUUUGUUUGUUUGUUUUCUUUAACACACUAUACACUGCAGUCAUGUGAAUUGUAUGUACUGUCCUGACUCAGAAGAAGCUGUUGGGAAAAUGUUGUUAUGAUGACAUUGGUAAUAUGUGUUUUGUAAAAAGAAUGAAUACUGGAAAAUACAGCUAUGAGCCUGAGCUGU